AUGGAGUCACAACAUUCACACGGAACCCCAUACGGCACAGACGUUACGCCCGUGUCAACGUCAAAGGAGCAAACAAGCUACCUUUAUUCACAUGCUACCGAUGAUGACGAUCCGGAUCUGUAUUGGUAUCCUGUACCGGUGGCAGAUUCCUCCUCGGAAGAGGGCACUGAACAUCAGGCAUACCGCGAGUACCAAUAUCUCUGGUUUCAGACAACCAAAGCUUGUCUAUUCAUGAGUGUGGAGAGCAUCAGCACUAGGUCAUCUAAAUUCAACUUGAUCAAAGACACCAAUGGUAAUACUGUUGGAGGACUUCAAAUCAGCUGUAACAAAGAAAGUGAAGUGCUGCAUGAGGGGACAACCGUAGAGUUGAUUGCUAUAGUAAAGGGAUGGACCACUAUCUUCAAGGACUCUGAAAGUGGAUUCCUUGAUAGGCCUCAAGCCCAAGUACGACUUCUGUAUGAGCGCCCUGAAUUGCUUACCAAGGAAGAAGAGGAGAAGGAAUGGCACGAUAUAACAAACAGGUCUUCUGUUAAGGACGAAGCGACGGAAAAGGAUAAUUCUGGAUCGGAUAAGGAAAGAAGACAGGACUGCUAUCACGUCCUUUGGAUCGAGCGAGAAGAUUAA